UUUUUUUUUUUUUGAUAAAUCGCUCCAAUUAUCCUCUCUCGUACACGUGCGCACGCGCACACGCAUAAACGCAUACGCAUUACACAGAAGCGCGCGCGCGCGCACUCUCCUUCCCCCCUCUCCUCUCCUAUUCCCCUAUAUUCCCCUCCAGAUUAUGCCCCACCAGCCUAGUCAGAUUUGAUACUUAAAGCCGCGAAUUUCGGAAGCAUCGUUUCGAGUAGGAAAAUUGUGUUCGUGUCGAUACGAAACCAGCCAGAGGGAAGGUUGACCGGUGGUUUUUCGUCGGGACGUGCGAACGUGUCGUGGCGAGAAGGGAUCGAAGAAGUUCUGAGAGAAAGAAAGCGAGAAAGAGGGAAGGAAAGGAAGAAAGAGGCGUAGAAAGCGAAAGGAGACGAGAAAAGCGGAGACAGGAGACAGGGUUGAAAGGAAGAAAGAGGCGACAGAAGAAGGUGCUACGCGGAGAAAGGAGAGCGGGAAGAAAAGAAAAAGAAGCAGAAAGAGAAAGAAUAGGAAGUAACAGCGAAGGUUAUGUAUAAUAUUAGACGCCGAGGAGGUCGAAGUGAUAAGUAAAAGAGAAAGUAAACGAGAGAAGGGUAGAAAUUCAAUUCACGAAGCCGAGGGAAAAAGUUAAAACGAUAAGAAAAGAAAAAAUACAUAGAGGAAGGAAGAAACGAAUAAAAGUGUAUCGGGAUUAAGGGUUUGAGAGAAAAGAGCUUCCUAUUUCGAAUUGGAAAGAUCGAAGAGAAAUUUCAUUCCCGAAAUAUUUGGAGAAACGAAGGCAAAACGUAUUAUUAUAAAAGCGUAAUUGAUUAUAGCGCGAUGUUAGUGGAACACGCGACACAAUGGGCUUGGCAAGCAAUGGGUGGCACGAGAAUCGAGGUCCUUUACACGUUUCUCGUGUUCUUAGGUGUAUUAUUGUUAGUAAGGUGCAUGCAAUGGCUUAGGUAUGUGCGCUCUCUGCCUCCAGGGCCUUGGGGUGUACCCGUGUUUGGUUAUUUGCCAUUCUUGAAAGGCGACGUUCACCUCCGGUACGGAGAACUCGCAAAGAAGUAUGGUCCAAUGUUCAGUGCUCGACUAGGAACGCAACUGGUGGUUGUUCUUAGCGAUCAUCGUACGAUUCGCGACACGUUUCGUCGGGAAGAGUUUACUGGCAGACCGCAUACCGAGUUCAUCAACAUCCUCGGUGGAUAUGGUAUUAUCAACACCGAAGGUGCUAUGUGGAAAGACCAAAGAAAAUUUCUUCACGAUAAGCUCAGAGGCUUCGGCAUGACCUAUAUGGGCGGUGGGAAGAAAAUUAUGGAAUUGAGAAUCAUGCGCGAGGUUAAGACGUUCCUUCGUGGAUUGGCGAUGAAACGAGGAACACCGACAGACGUUUCAGCUUCCCUUGGAAUGUCGAUCAGCAACGUUAUAUGUUCCAUUAUAAUGGGAGUACGUUUCCAACAUGGCGACAAAAGGUUCAAAAGAUUCAUGGACUUGAUCGAGGAAGGUUUCAAGCUGUUCGGCAGUAUGGCCGCUGUCAACUUUAUUCCUGUGAUGCGUUACUUGCCUUGCCUGCAAAAGGUUCGCAACAAGAUUGCGGAAAAUCGCGCGGAAAUGGCCGAUUUCUUUCAAGAGGCGGUCGACCAACAUCGAGCAACGUUCGACGAAAGCACUUUACGAGACCUUGUCGACGCUUAUCUGCUCGAGAUCGAGAAAGCGAAGGGAGAAGGUCGCGCGACUACGCUCUUUCAAGGGAAAAAUCAUGAUCGCCAGAUGCAACAAAUUCUCGGUGAUCUGUUCUCUGCCGGCAUGGAAACGGUGAAGACUACGCUCGAAUGGGCAAUAAUCUUGAUGCUACAUCAUCCGGAUGCGGCGACUGCCGUACAGGAAGAAUUGGAUCAAGUGGUAGGAAAAUCGAGAAUGCCUGCUUUGGAGGAUCUACCUUUUCUUCCAAUAACCGAAGCGACGAUACUCGAGGUUCUUAGGCGAUCGAGCAUAGUCCCUUUGGGAACCACACAUGCAACGACGAGAGAUGUGACGUUGCACGGUUACACGAUACCAGCUGGAUCCCAAGUGGUACCGUUGUUGCAUGCCGUGCAUAUGGAUCCAGAACUUUGGGAGGAGCCCGAGGAGUUUCGACCGAGUCGGUUUCUCUCGGCCGAAGGUAAAGUCCAGAAACCGGAAUACUUUAUGCCUUUCGGUGUCGGCAGACGUAUGUGCCUGGGCGAUGUGUUGGCACGCAUGGAGUUAUUCUUGUUCUUUAGUUCGUUGAUGCACACGUUCGAGUUGCGAUCGCCGCAGGGCUCGUCCUUGCCGAGUUUGCGCGGCAACGCCGGUGUCACCGUCACGCCUGACCCCUUUGACGUUUGUUUGGUACCAAGAAAUUUGGAUCUCAUCGAAGAUGCGAACAACGAUGUGAUCCCCUCCGGCGCUAUUCUGCGGAAUAUCGGCAGUCACUGAGUUUCCUGCUUUUUCGAACGCUCCAUAACGAUCAACGGAGCACGGUAAUCGUUCCUAACGAGACCGAUCCGACCUGGACCGACUUGGCCCGACACGAUCCAACCUGACUCAAUUCGAUCUAAUACGAUUCAAUCCGAUUCAUCGUACAUUUGUCCAUCCUUGAUCAGCCCUACAAGAUUUCACACCAUCGUCGAAAAGUUCAUUCGAAUGCGUUCCAUUAUCCCUCCUUUUAUUCUUCUCUCCAAUUACCUAUCGCAUAAAUGUCGUCUCACUCUCGAUUUCUAUUAUUUAAUUUCCUUGCGCGUAUUACCCAACAUUUAUACAUAUUUAGGGUAACAUUUCGCUCUUUAUUUAUUCGCAUUUAGUCAUUAGCGUUAUUUGAUCAAAUGUAUGUAGGUAUAGAACGUGUGUAUACGGUCGAAUGAUAUGAGAAGUUUGCGUGUACAUGUUCAAAUUCGUUGCAUACAAUAUACGAAAACAAUUUUGAUAAUAAUUCCGUCAACGAUGAUCCGUCACGUUCUAGAGAUCGUUGUGUUGACGCAGUCUCGGACGUAAAAAGAGACAAAAGACUUUUAGAUAGUAAUGAUAAUAAGAGGAAUCAAUUGUUAGUAACGGUAUUAGAAAUAAGUAGUGGUAGUGGUAGCGGUAGUAUUGGUAAAGUAAUAAUUGACGACGACAAUAUCGAUGAUAGCGAUAGUGGUAAAUACUAGAUUAAGAAUUUCGAGUUAAUAAAAAAAAAAAAAAAAAAAAAAAAAAAAAAAAAAAAAAAAAAAAAAGAAAAGAGAAAAAACAAAAGAACAAAGAUCGUGAAGCAAAGUACGCUGUGAGUGUGCGCACAAAUAUUCGUAGGUUACCGUAUUAUGUACAUAUCUAGGUAUUAUCUCGAUAAUAGGCGGUGAACGAGAGCGCGAGAUCGUCUUCGACUAACGAGUUCUCUCUCCCUUAUCGUUCGAAAGUUUCGACGCGACUAAAUUCGAAUGGAUUAGAUCGUAGGGCUGCGCGUCGGAUGGACGCGGCUGUUGACCUAGAACAGUGAUUUUCGUGAAAGUUAGAACGAGAUUCUUGCGACACCACACACAGUGUAGUUACGUAGCGUUUCAGAAUUCAUGACCAACAUCGAAUUCGAUCCGUUGGGUGCGGGCAAAGAUUAAGGCUGUGAAUUUCGAAUUUAGGACAUGGGACCCUCGAGAUUCCUGUGAUAACGCGAUCGUAAAAUCAUUUCCAAAGAUAUUUUGUUACGUGUCCGGCGAAAGCCGACGAACCAUCGACGCGGAUUCCCCCUGGUUUCUUUAUAUUCCGUCAUCUUUCUUCCUCUUCAUCGUUCCUCUUACGUUUCCCCUUUGCCGCGGUGAGCUUUAACGCCACGUACAUAUCACCGCGUCGAUGCUUCGUUUGUAUUCACCAAUAAGAAAUUUAUAUGUUGCAUGCUCGAAUUGCGGAGCACCGCAUUGUGUUCACCCGCCGACCGCGAAUCUGUGUUACUUAAUGUUAUUAUCUAUUUUUCUUUUUUGUAACGAUCAUUAAACGAUGCUAAUGUCCAUAUGACUAAGCUUGUAAUUGUAAUUGAUAAUAAGUGUGUCUCCUCUUCGCACGAAAUAAAUUGAUA